CAAUUAUCUAUUCUGUUGUUGUUCUGUCACCAACGGACGCACGACCCGCCACUGCAUUGUGGAUGGUUGGCCGGAUUCAAUCGUAUUCGUAGUGUAAAGAAACAUAAAAUAUUUUUUUGAAAGUUGUAUUACUUGUAUGAAUGAAUCUUACUGAAAGCUAAGAUUGAUUGAAACCAUGGUGACGGUGUGGCCACUAAUUCUGGACAUGUCCAGAGAUGACUGCAAGCGAUUAUUGCGUCGCCUAGAAUUGGAGGCGUAUGCAAGUAUGGUUAGUGCUCUACGGGCGCAAGGAACAUUGACUAAAGAGAAGAAGAAGCUUUUGGCUGACGUUGCCAGCGUACUGAGCAUAUCGACAGAACGUCACAGAGCUGAGGUUCGUAGAGCAGUCAACGAUGAGAAGCUAACCACAGUAGCUGAAAGACUGAGUGGAAGCAAUAAUUCGGUGGAGUGGUCAAUAGAGGGCAGGAGACUGGUACCACUACUUCCGAGACUUGUUCCGCAAACAGCCUUCACUGAGGUAGCAAAUGAAGCUGCCGAAAAAGCUUUUACCAAAAACCUUACCAUGCCGGUACCAGCAGAUGCCUGCUGUAAAGAGGGUGCACAUGAAGUAAUUGUUGCCAUUUCAAAAUCCAGUAGGCUAGGGACUUCAUCACCAAUGGUUCUUCCACCUUUGACAGUCCUACCAAGUGGGUUAUCUGUUCCAGUAAAAGGUGGAUUUGAGCCGGAGGAUAAUGGUUCAGAGAGCUCCCUUAAACGGAAACGUUCAAAUUCCUUGAGUUCGGUAACGUCAGCGUCAAAUGAGGUCACAACAGCAGUCAGCAUCGUAACGGCAAAUGUCAAACCAACAGUAGUCAGCCAUAAAGGCACUUUGAGUUACUUAACUUCAACAGGGGCAUCUGAUGGAUCGCUAAAAAUCCCAAUUACAAAGGCUGUGGCAUCAGUGGCGCCACCCCAACCGCAUAUUGGAAAGCAAAAGGUAAUCAUUGUGUCAAGCAGUAAUUCUCCUAUAACAUCCACUAUCCUGGAGAGGUCACAGUGCUUGACCACCUCCAGAUACUCUCCCGUUAGCUCUGGUCAGAAAACUCCAGAUAUGUUCACAAGUGCUCAGUUCAAGAGUAAUGUCGCAGCAACUGUUGUUUCUACUGCAAUAACUCAAUCAGUGACCAUGACAUCCGUUGCCCAGCAGCUGAAUAAAAGCAUGGCGACAACUGUUGUGAAUAAAAGCAUGUCCACAACUGUUGUGAAUAAAAGCAUGGCCACAACUGUUGUGUCUCCAGCAAGCUCCAGAGUCUUGACAAGCGCUGUAAUGUCUGCUUCAUCAGCAUUAUUAUCAAGGCAGAAAGUGUUUGGCAAAACUAAAAUGAGUAAAGGACUUGUGCAAUCACCAUUGCCAGUUACUCUUCAGAACAAAUUGCUACCUGGACAGAAACCAACCAUAAAAAUCAAACAAGAUUCUGGUGUAAAGAUCAUAACGCAAACUAUAGGAACAUCUGGUAGCAAGGUGAUCACAAAACCACUUGCUCGUGGCUCCACAAGUGGUACUUCUGUUGUCAUGGUGACAUGUGUGCCUGCAUCAUUGACAUCAAAACCAAUCACAACAAUAUCGGGUUCUUCUGGACAGGUGCUAAUAAGUUCCGUUGGAGGAGCUAGAAUUGUGACAACUUCGCCACAAUUUGCCAAAUCCGCUGCUCAAAUCGGCAACAUUAUCACAGUGACUCCAAAGUCACUUCAGCAGGUUGUAGGCUCAAAAUCAGGGGCUUCAUCAGUAAUCAUGUCAAAGCCAUACUCCUCGACAUCCUCCACCAUAACCAAGCCAAAUGUGAUUGUGGUCCAGAAGGGGCAAGCCGCCAAGGGCCUUAGUAUCCACCGUACAAUCCCUGUUAGCAGUGAAGUCCAACGGCAGACUGUUGGUCAUGAUGUCAGCUCCUCGGUAAUCAGCAGGCCUCGGAUAUCUAUGAUUCCUAGCUCAUCAUCCAUCACGUCACCAAACAUAAUUACUUCAACGAUUCGUUUCCCAUCACCCCAGUAUUCAAAGAGUCAGGUCAUCCACAAAGGCAGUAUGCUUGAGUUGAUGGGAGCACUGAAGGGAAACAAAGAAGGAAAGAUUAAAACACAGGUUAUAAUCAGACCAAAAAGCUCAAGGUCAAUACAAGAUGGUAAAGAGUCGGUGAUAUUACAAGAUCGAGUUUUGACCUCAGAAGUGGAGAAGCUGCUAUCUGUGAAGAGAACAGUUUCUGUGUCACCAAGUACAGUGUCUAUAAAGUCUGCAGGUGCUGCAGUUGCUGAUGAUGGUGCAUCUUUCCAAUCACGGAAGUCUGCGGAUGGUUCAUCAACUGUAUUAAUAUCUGGAAACCAGCCAAACAAGGAGUGGAUUGAGUACGAUGCUACAGCCACCAACCAAUCAGCAUCCUCCGCUAUUAAGGCUCUUCUGGAGUUUCGAAGCAAACCGGGAGAGGCAGGUGAUGCUCCUCGAAGGUCACAAACUAUUGACCUCAGCAAGAUGGCCAAGGUUCCUAUGGUAACAAAGAAGGCAUUAGAUUCUGGUCCUUUAAAACUACAGCUUGUAUCUCAAGGCAAAGCAACAAAAACAAUUACAAUAACUCCACAACAAUUAUCAGCAAUUGAGUCUGAACAAGCAGCAUCCAUUAUAAAAGACAUAGCUUUUCAAACAGAGAGGAGUAGUCCAGUUGACACAACAGCUCAAAAGCAGUUACAUGAAGAAGUUGUAACCCCCCAGGCAAUAAAGGUUACACCAACACAAAUGUCAUUCGUAGAUCAAUUUGAGGAAUUCUUGGAAAAAGAGGGACUAUCUGGAGUUGUGGAUGAUACCAUCCAGGAAAGUGUCUCCAGUGGGCGGGAUCUUCUCCAGACAGCUGCAGAGCUUACUCUGCUGAAGGAGGACAUUCUAGCAUGUGAUCUCUUACCAGAAGGAACACCAGUAGCAGCAUCAGUACCAUCGACAUCAAAGACAUCCGAAUCAACUCCAGAAUCUUUUGGUACCAUUGAAAAAGAAGUUGACCCAUAUGAGUUUGACAGCAGGGAAGACUCACCAGUGGAUGCGUAUAUUGGCAAGAUCCCUUCAGGAAAGGUGCCAAUAGGUUUAGAACAUGAUCGUACGCCCUCAAGUACUCAGAUUCAGGAGUCUACAUUGACAUCCACUAGUCCUUCAGUCUGUUCAGAGUCACCCACCUGUAAGACAAGUCCAGUUGAUAAACCCUGGGAUGUUGAAUCUAAUUUAAAUACACAAUCAAAUUUACAUGUGCUGUCAUUUACCUCAUUACAUCAAGAUCCAAGAGAUGCAAAUAAGGCUGGAGCAACGCCGGUGAUGGUUGAGAAGAGUGGUCUGGAUCUUAGUCACAUGCAGAUGACAGACUUCGCUAGUCAGCGACUGGAGGAAAGCCUAGAACAAGAUGAGGUUAUGACUGACAGCACAACAUCUGUAACAGGUCAAAGUCAGGAAGAAGGUCUAUUUAGCUCCCAGAGCAGUAGUUCUGAUACAAGUUGCCUUGCAGACAGUCCAGGGAGUGUUCGUGCUAGUAAACGUAAACGCAAAGCACCCAUUGCAAUAGAUGAAGAUGCUUCACCAUCUCAGCUUCCCAGUUGGACGAGGGCAGCUCUUAAUUUACUUCAAAGAGUAUCCAGGUUCAGGGGCUCAAACAGGGGUAAAGGGGACCCCAAUGCAGCAUCAUGGUUCACAAGACCAGUGAGUGCCAUAGAAGCUCCAAAUUAUCAUAAAAUUGUUUCAAAUCCAAUGGAUUUUGGAACAAUUAAGAGGAAAUUAGAGUCUCAGGCCUAUGAUGACUUCAUUGGUUUUCAUAAUGAUAUGCUGCAAGUGAGGAUAAACUGUUCACUGUACAACCCUCCUGAACAUCAAGUACGACUUGACUGCGAAGAAGUCUUUCAGUUCUACUUAGCUGAAUAUGCUAAAGUCAUUGAAAGAUGGCAAAAGAUGCAGUUAACCGCUCCUAAGUCACCAAAACGUUUUCGUCCAGAUUCCCAUCCGAAGAGUCCUUCCAGAAUUCUAGAGUUUUAAGUUUUUGCUUCUUUAGAUGAUAGAAACAAUCAGUUUUUACAACCUUCCUAAGAAUGCAUACAUUGUUUCUUUUAUAUAUUGUAAUAUUUUUUGUUAAUACUGUAUUUAAUGAAUUAAACCUUGUUAUUCAACUCAUGUAUAAUUAUUUGUGAUUUUAAUGAAUUAGUUGUGAUAUGUUAUGCAGUCUGGUGUGCAUGUCACCACUGUUGGCUUAACUGAUCACGUGAAAUGUUUUGAUGAUGAAAUUACGUACACAUGAUCAGUAUUUGCCUACAUACGCCACUUGUGUGCAUUUUCAAAUAAUUAUUAAUCAAGCAUUUAAGACAUACUGUUCAAAACUUAAACUUCUUACUUUGUAUAAGUAAGUUAGUUAUUAGCUUUCUGUUGGAAGUGAGAAUGCGAAAUAUUUUAUGUUCUUUAUGUGCUCUGGACCAGAAAUGAAAUGGUAAUCAAUUUAAGCAUUUUAGUAAUAAAUUGUAAAAAAGUGAAAACUGAUUAGAUUUGAUCUGUGUCUCAUUGGAAGGUGGUAAUUUAAUGCUCAAAAAUUAGCUAUUGAAUGUUUUAAUUGUAGAACUUUUUAGAAUUUCCAGAUUUUAUGACAGAUCGUAUAUCUUUAAGCUACUGACAGACACUUUUAAAGGUUCGAAUAAUGAAUGAACAUAUUUAAAAAGGAUGUUAAAGAUGUACUGUACUGUAGGUCAAUUAAUCUAGAAAUUCCCCAAGUAUGAUGUCACAAAAAUUCAGUUAUGAAGGCUCUGAAUGUAUAAGAAAUUAUUUGUUUGAUAUCAGAAUUAAUACUGUAAUAUCUAACGGAAGGGUAA